AUGGCUAGCAAUCACAAUCAGCACCAUGCUGGCAUUAGUCCAUCGUUCGAGCAUGCGACCGGAUCAUCCACAAAUAUUACAACACGUUUCACUCGUCGCGAUAUCGAGAAGAAUGUUGUCGUGAUGGUGACAGAGAGCAUAACGGACGAUCUAUUAUCAUCCAGAACUCACAAUAAUCAUCACCAGAGAACAGCAGGAUAG